AUGGCUGCUCUUAAUGGAUCAGGCGUGCUGAAUCAGAUCAUCAUAUCGCCGUCAGACACCGAUUAUCUGGACCAGCUCAUCCCGUCGAUCCGUGAGCACAGCAUCGGGAACCGAACGCCGCAGCUACUACAAUCCCUCGCACGGUUCGCAAGUGACAAAGAAGCUGAGAUCGAAAGUAUCUGUAACACGAACCACCAGGAUUUCGUCUCCUCGGUCAACUCCCUGCUUCGAAUUCGCGAAGGGACCGUCACACUUACGACUGAGAUUCUUGAUCUCAACCAGUCAAUCCAGACCAGCACAGAGCGACUCGCAGAGCAAAAGAAGGCACUCGUGGAGUCUCGAAGCCAUCGGCAAAAUAUCGAUGAAACGUCACGAGCGAUCCGCGACUGUCUUGAGGUCCUGCGAUUGGCGAACCAAGUUCAUGACCUACUAGCCAAGAAGAACCACUAUGCCGCCCUGCGAGCGUUAGAAGAGUUACAAAAUGUACACUUGAAAGGAGUAACACAGUAUCAGAUCGCGGAAAUGAUACAAAGAUCAGUACCGGCAACACAACGGGCGAUUGCCGAGGCCGUCAUGUCCGACUUGAACACUUGGCUGUAUCGCAUUCGAGAAAUGUCACCAUUCUUGGGCGAACUGGCGCUGUUCCACACCGAUCAGCGCAAGUCGAGACUGAAAGAGCGCGCAGGAAACAUUCCGUUUCUGGAGAACUUCAACUUGAACUCUGCCAUCGAGCUGGUAGCGGAUGAAGAUGAAGAGUACGAUUUACUGCAAAACGAGGAUCUGCAAGUGCCAUUUGCGCCCUUGUUCGAGUGUCUGCAUAUCCAUCAAUCAUUGGGCCUGAUGGAUAAAUUCAAAAUCGAAUAUGCGAAUACACGUCGUCGACAAAAAGACCUUUUACUCCCCGCUUCAGUCACCCUCGUAGACGAAGAUGGCGCAAGUCUGCACAACUUACUCGAGGAAAUGGCUGGAUUUGCCAUUGUCGAGCGUGCGACAAUGAAGAGAGUGCCAGACUUGAGGUCACCGGUCGAGAUCGACGAGCUCUGGGACUCAUCCUGUCAAGCUGCAGUGGGUGUGAUCUCAAAGGCCCUCCACGAAGUAGACAAUGCAGAAAGCAUUUUGAAGACGAAAAAUCUGAUUGCGCUUUUCAUGCAGACCAUGAAUACAUGGGGCUUUUCUGUCAGGGUCUUUGAUGAUUUCCUUCUGAAACUUUUCGGCAAAUAUGCGGAGCUUCUCAAGAAGCGUUUCAGUGACGAUUUCCAAGAGAUUGUGUCGACCGAUGACUAUAUGCCAAUGCCCAUACAAACACCCGAGGAGUACGACAAAGUACUCAACGUCAGCUGGUACAAUCCUGACAAGCCCCGGGAGGAGCAAUCAUUCCCAUGCAUUCUACCCUUUUCGAGAAUGUACCCCUUAUGCUGCAUCGACAUCCGCAACUUCCUCAACCAAUUCUAUUUUUUCGCCAAUGACGAGUUCUCACAUCCUAAUGUCAUUGACGAGACGCUCAAAGAUGCACUGGACGACCUUCUCUCUCGCAAAGUUUGUGACACCCUCGUGGAACGCCUUUCUUCACAGUAUCUAGGUCAGAUAGUGCAGAUCCUGAUCAAUCUCGAACACUUCGAACUGGCUUGCCGCGAGCUGGAGCUGCUUCUCGCAGCUGCGAGAUCGCAAAACUCAACAAGCACUUCUAUUGCUCUUAGAGCCACAGAGAAGUUCAAGAGUAACAAAAAGGCUGCCGAGAAGCGCAUUUUCGAGGUGGUCAAUUCCAAGAUCGACGAUCUCGUUGAGACUGCAGAGUAUGAUUGGAUGGCUCCUCAGCCACCCAAGGAACCGAGCAAUUACAUGCAAACCCUGACACGAUUCUUGUCCAAUAUCAUGAACUCGACUCUGCUGGGUCUGCCUACCGAGAUUAAAGAGUUGAUCUAUUUUGAUGCGCUCAGCCACGCCGCGAACAUGAUCCUGGCCCAACCCCUUUCUCCCGAAGUCAAAACAAUUAACCCGAAUGGUGUCGCCGCCCUUGCAAAAGAUGUGGAGUACUUGGCGCAAUUUGUGGACAGUCUCAAUGUACCGAUUCUUCGUGAGAAUCUGGACGAGCUUCAGCAAACAGUGCAGCUCAUGCAAGCUGAGAAUGCGGACGAAUUUUACGACAUUUCCACCCGCAACAAGAAAUACGGUCGUGUGGAUGCUAUGCAAGGCCCCAUACUGCUUGAAAAAUUAACCCGAACCGUACAAGCGCCGAGCAAGGUCGACAAAUUCGUGAACUUGUCAUCACGCUUCAAGAAGACAUGA